AUGGGCCUCAGUCGAGCUGCAGAAGACCGUCCUACUCCUUCGGAAAUUGGUGGAUUGAUUGGAAGCGUGUCAACUUUUCCUUGUAUGAAGUACUGGGGACGAAAGGUUGCAUUGAUGUGUGCUGCAGUCGUGUACACCUUUGGUGCUGCUUUGCAAGCAUUCUGUUACGGUAGACUGGGCAUGAUGUACGCCGGCCGACUGAUAACAGGUCUCGGAACCGGAAGCGUCACUGUCAUUGUCCCCUUGUAUAUAGCUGAACUCAGCCCACCUGCAAUCCGUGGCUCCCUAGUCGGCAUCUACGAGAUCAACAAUCAGCUCUCAUCUCUGCUGGGAUACUGGUGCAACUACAUUGUCAAUGAAUACAUCCCACCCACCGAGACAAGACAAUGGCAAAUCUCCCUCGCCGUGCAAAUCAUUCCCUCAACGCUCCUUUUCUUCGCAGCACUCUUCAUCCUCCCCGAAAGCCCACGGUUCUUGGUCAUGAAGGGUAAGGCAUUGGAAGCCCGCAAAGUUCUAGCUUUUGUUCGGCACCUCUCCGUCGAACACGAAUACAUCAAUACCGAAAUGGACGAGAUUCAAGAAGCUAUUCAAAGACAAUCUAAACCUCUCACUUCACACCCUCCCUCCAAAUUGGGGAUUUUCAGAGAGCUAUGGUGGAAAGGCAACCGAAAUCGCAUGUUCAUUGGACUAGGUCUUAUGGCCGGCCAGAACUUGACUGGUAUCAAUGGUGUCAACUUCUAUACGCCCACGAUUUUCAAGAGUAUUGGGUUUAGUGGGACGAAAGUUGUGUUGCUUGCUUCUGGCAUGUACGCCGUCGUGAAAAGUAUUGCCACAAUCUUCUCCCUUGUUCUCUUCAUUGACCGCGCAGGCCGCCGGAAGCUCCUAAUUACCAGCUCCGUUGGCACAAGCCUCGCGCUCUGGUAUAUAGGCGGGUUUGUCACCGCACGGCACGUGGACUUGACCCGUCCGCAGGAGAAGAGUGUUGCGGGGUGGGUUGCUAUUGUUUGUAUCUACAUCUAUGCGGCAUUCUUCUCAUUCGCCUGGAAUGGUGUCGUUUGGGUUUAUUGCUCCGAAAUCUUCCCUACUCGCAUCAAGGAGCUGGCAGUCUGUCUAGCCACUGCCUGCCAAUGGCUCUUUCAAUUCGCUGUUGCCCGUGCUUCUCCUUACAUGCUGUCUGCCCUCAAAGGAGGCUUCUUUUUCUUCUUCGCCGCUUGUAUUACUAUCAUGGGUGUGCUUGUGUGGUGGUUAGUGCCGGAGACAAAGGGGCGGAGCUUGGAGGGUAUGGAUGAUAUUUUUGGCACUCCGUAUGGAGCUGUUGAUAGGGUGGGGUUGGAGUUGAAGAGCUUUAGACGGGAGAGGGGCUUGGGGAAAGAUGGGGAAGAGGGUGAUGUGAAGGGGAAGGGCGGGGUAAGAGCUGGUGAGGAGCAGAUUGUGAAGGCUGAAGAAGUUUAG